CGGUGGGCCGAAUGGUGCCAUGGUGGUGCCGCGGUGCCCUCGCUGCCUUGGUCCUACUGGGCCCCGAGAUCGCUGCAGACCGCCCCGAGGAUAUCGAGGGGAGCUCGGUGGAAAGCACCUUCGACUUUUCGCAAGUGAGCUUUGCGCAACCUGUGGCAGAUGACGACUUUGAAGAUGCGUUUUAUGAAUCGUCGCAGUCUCCCGAGUUCGUCCGUGCCGAGGAGCCAGAUCCAUCAGAUGGAUCGUGCUGUUCGGUGCAAGAUGAAACGGCCUUGAGGGCAUGUGCCAACAAGACCUCUCCCAUCGGCGCUUGCAAUGAUCCUCCGCUGGUCAUGGUGGUCUCGCAUGCUCCCAGAAGCAUUCACUAUGCCGCUGCAACUGCUGCCAUGAAUGCCAUGUGGAGUGCUGACCGAGGAUAUCCCUUUGUGCUGGAUGAGAGGGAGCCCGCUCAAUGGAUCUCCAGCCGAGUUGAGGUGAUCCCCCACUGGCUCCGGAGAUGUCGUGCCGAGGGCAUCGAAUGGAUGCUGUGGCUGGACUCCGACGCCUUUCUGCUGGCGCAAGAGGAUAACUUCAAUCAAGUGCGGAAGGCCAUCAGGAAGUAUUCGGAUAGCAACACUCAGAUUAUGCUCACCAGGGAAGUGGAUUCAUUUCUGGAUCCCAGAGCGCCCUGGGACGAUGGUAAUGUGGGUGUGAUGCUGCUACGAUGUAGUGAGUGGACGCUUUCACUCAUAGAGAGGGUCAGGAGAGAAUGUCUUGCUGAACAAAAGCAAGAUGAAGACACUCUGGAGAGGUUGCUCUACACUGAGGAGUAUGAGGCGCAAGGGAUGCUGAAGCGGAUGCCCCCGCAGGCGCUGAACUCCAUGGGACACAACCAGAUCUUUGGGCCAAACGCUUCGUUGCAAGCGGUCAUUCACCUGAAUGAUAUGCCCUUUGAAAUCCGCAAUCACACCAUCUAUGCUGCCUUUCGCGCUCAUUGUGACCUUCCACCCGGUUCCCAAGUGAACUUCACAGUGCUGAAAGCUGCCUUCGACAGCAGCACCUUCUCCCUCGCCUCGCAGGACUUUCGGGAAGCCGGCACUUCCAGGUGGGCGUUUUACAUGGCGCGGCGACUGAAGGAACAGAAACGUUUCCAGGAGACAGAAGAUUUGCUGCGUUGGGCGGUGGACGGUCUGCGGACGGAGAUUGGAGAGCAGAAGGUGG